CUCUUUCCUCUCUCGAAUCUUCUCUCUUCUAAUUGCUACGGCGUCGUCCUGGUCGGAGAAAGAUCAGUUAAGACAGGAAGAUAAAAAAAUCCGUUAGAGAAAACUCCGGCGAGAAGGUCGGAAUCCCCCGGUCGCCGCCGACGUUUUCGGAUUUCACCCAAUCCCCGGCAACAAAUCGGGGGGCUUUUACCGAUUCAUCCUCCUCCGCUUUUUUAAGCUCUUCUUCUUUCCCAUUUCGCCCUUGGUUCUUCCCCGUCGGUAAGAAUCCACAGUCCGUUUUGCUCCCCAAUUUUCCCCCGUCAAUUCCAUUUUUUUCCGGACAAGGAGCUUCAUUACUUAAAGAAAAAAAAAGGAAAAAAAUUUCCCAACAAAAACCACUUCGUAAUUCAUCAAAUCAGAUUUCCUCUGUAAAUGAGUCAAGGGUGACGGACCCAGAAGCUUGAAACCUUUCAGUCGUGAAGUUUCAGCUUCUGGGUUUGGUCGUUUUCUUCAAUCGCCGGAGAACCCAAUUCCCGAUUUCUUAUUUUCUCAGAAAUUCUAGAAUGCUCCAAAUCUUCCUUCAAUUUUAACCCUUUUCUUUUUCUGUUCAUCACGGUAAAGAUUGUGAAUAGUUAGCCAAAUAAUUUUUUGGGGGAGAAAAAAAUUAUGUCCGUCGUCGACGUGGCAUUGAGCUCCGGCAGAGAAGGAGCGGCGGUGAGAUUCCCCGGGUUCGGCGGCUACUUCUCCUCGGAGGACUCAUCGAUCCUGAUCUACCUGAGCGUCGCCGGUUCGUUCAUUCCGAUGCGGGUCCUGGAAUCCGACUCCAUCGCCUCGGUCAAGCUCCGGAUCCAAAACUCCAAGGGUUUCGUCGUGAAAAAGCAGAAACUGGUGUUCGGAGGCAGAGAGCUCUCCCGGAGCUCCGAUCUGGUCAAAGACUACGGAAUCACCGGCGGCAACGUCCUCCACUUGGUCCUCAAGCUCUCCGACCUCCUCCUCAUCACCGUCCGCACCACCUGCGGCCGGGAAUUCGAGUUCCGCGUCGACCGGUACCGAAACGUCGGAUACCUAAAACACCGCAUCUUCCAAGAGGGCAAGGGCUUCGUCGACGUCGACGAGCAGGAAAUCUUCUACAACGGUCAAAAGCUCGACGACCAGCGCCUCAUCGACGAGAUCCGCGACAAAGACGCCGCCGCAGCAGCGAUUCACCUCCUUGUCCAGAAAACUGCAAAGGUCAGAGCACAGCCGUUAGACAGAGAUUUCGAGAUCUCCGUCGCCGCCGCAACAAACCCUAAUCAAAGUCAGAAUCAAAAUCAAAAUCAGACCAAGAAGCAGAAUCAGGAGUCGUCGAUUGAGGUGCUAAGUCGGGAGCAAGCAGGGAGGGAUUUCUGGCUAGAGCCGGUGAUUGUGAACCCUAGCGUGAGAUUAGAUUCAGCGAUUUGGAACAUGGUGAAUUCCACCUUCGUCGGGCUGGAAAUGGGCCACCCGCCGAUCCGUUCGUCAGAAGGAACAGGGGGGACUUACUUCAUGAGGAACCCAUCUGGCCAAGGGUUUGUAUCGGUGUUCAAGCCCAGCGAUGAGGAACCCAACGCCGUGAACAACCCACAGGGCCUGCCGGUGUCGUCCAACGGGGAAGGGUUGAAGAGAGGGACGAAGGUAGGGGAAGGCGCGGUUAGAGAAGUUGCAGCUUACAUAUUGGAUCAUCCGGUGAAUGGUCCGAGGGGUUUGAACAAUGAGGUGAUGGGGUUUGCAGGUGUGCCGCCCACCAUUGUUGUUCAGUGUCUGCACAAAGGGUUUCAUCAUCCUGAAGGGUAUGAGUAUUCAGCCAAGAAUGUGAAGAUUGGGUCGUUGCAGAUGUUUAUGAAGAAUGAAGGGAGUUGUGAGGAUGUUGGUCCUGGUCGGUUCCCUGUGGAGGAAGUGCAUAAGAUCACUGUGUUGGAUGUGAGAAUGGCCAAUGCUGAUAGGCAUGCUGGCAAUAUUUUGAUCGGCAAAGGAGAGGGAGAUAGUGGGGAGAACACUGUGUUGAUUCCCAUUGAUCAUGGCUAUUGCUUGCCUGAGACUUUUGAAGAUUGCACAUUCGAUUGGCUUUACUGGCCACAAGCAAAGCAACCCUACUCUCCGAAGGUAAUCGACUACAUAAACUCGCUGGACGCUGAAUUCGACAUCGCCCUGCUGCAAUUCCAUGGCUGGAACAUCCCACCCCAGUGCGCACGAACCCUGCGAAUCUCGACCAUGCUCCUGAAGAAAGGAGUGGAGAAAGGUCUGACCCCUUUCGACAUCGGGAGCAUCAUGUGCCGGGAGACCGUGCACAAGGAAUCGGUGAUUGAGGAGAUCGUUCGCGAAGCUGAGGAUUGCUUGAUACCUGGGAUGAGCGAAGCUGCAUUCCUGGAAACUGUGUCUGAGAUCAUGGACUCCAGGCUUAGCAAGUUUAACAAAUAACAACACUAUGGAUGGUAAUGGUGGUCUUUGAUCGAUCUAUCUAUCUAUCAAUCUAUCUCAUCAGGUAUAUAUGAAUGAAAACUUUUGUUCCUUGUAUGAUUUGGAAGGAAGGGAAACUAUAUAUGAGUUUCAUUCCCCCUUGCAGAAGUCCAUUUCGAGUUUGGACUCCAUUGAAAGAAAGAAAAAGAGAAAAAAGAAGAAGUUUAUGUAUCAGUACCAGAUAUAUAUGUUAGAUGUGGUGGUUAAAAAUCAAUCCAGAAGAAGAAGCAAUACAAAGAAUUGUUGUCUCUUUGCAGUUUAGGCAGCCAAUUUCCUUGGAAGGGUAAAAUGGUAGCUUUUGAGAUGAGGGAUCUUUGUGGGCAUACAUGGAUUUGUAGGGGACAUUUAGGGAAAAAAUGAUUAUUGCCCCUCCUGGUGAAGGGUAGGCUAUAUUAAGGGUGGAAUGCCACUCAGAUAAAGCUGUAAUCUUUAAUACCAAUGUUAUGCAAUGAAUAAGAACAAAUUGCAAAAAAAGAAGGGUAACAUUAAGAUUUAAGACAAAUGUAUCAAUGAAAUAAAAUCCCAAGGAAGGUGAUGCUUACUAAAUGUGCUUCUAGUAUGUAUAGAUAAUAAUACCCACUAACGUAAUCAGAUGAUUACGGUAAUGAUAUUGGAUUCAAUUCUCACAACUAAUCAUUAUGAGAGCUAAUAUAAGCUUCCAUGUAACUGUGUACUUGUAAAUUCAAUGGCGGCCAUCAACAGAUUUGUAAGCACGAAUAAUCUGUUCUCAUGUAUCUGUUCAC